AGCAGCACAAAGCAGGACACUCUCCUAUUGUUCUGGGAAGCGAGAGACAAGCGCAGACACACUCUCUAACACUCCCACACACCCAGCGCUAACACUCACUGGCUCACUCACUGGCACACUCACUGGCUCACUCACUGGCACCCCCCAAACACACUCACUGGCACCCCCCAAACACACCCACAUCUCACCCCAAACACCCAGGAUCACCCAGGACAGUCACCUCUGCAGCCAGGGGAUGUCGGGAAAACGGAUGGUCUCCUCAGUGCAGAUCACUCUGGUGCCCCCAUGGAGACCCGAAACUUCACAACGGAAGGACCCCCCCACCCAGAAUGAUACCCCCAGACUGGCUGCUCUGCUGCCCCCAACAUCACCCCCUGGCACAGAGGAAUUGCCCUGGACUGACCACAAACAUGGACUGAAUGGAAUUUCUUCAGAGAUUCCGGCUUUCCCGUGUUCCUUCCUGGAUGACAUUCCCAGUGAGGACGACUGUCUCAGCCCAGAUCUUCAGCCCCCCUCACCCCCACCCCCACCCCCAGUAUUUCUGAAGAGCCCAAGAAAACGUCACCCAGAUCCGACCCCACCUUAUGUCAGAGACUCGCUCAGUCUAGAGCUGCAGAAACUGGAGCUGGUCCGUCCCAAUGAGCCACAGAAACCCAGUUCUGUGCCGUCAGUGCAGCCCCCCAUCCUACAGAGCAACACGCCGGUGCCCACCCACCCACACAGGAGAGACAAUCCGGCACCCAACAAACAGAACCUGAAUGGGUUCCCUGCAAAGCAAGAGGCUGGAAGCACAGGGACCUCCCAUCCUGCACCCCUGACAAGUGAUAUCUGUGCCUUCUGCCACAAAGCAAUUCCCUCCAGCAGUGCCGUCAUUGAAGCAAUGAAGAAACAAUAUCACGCCAACUGCUUCACCUGCAGAAAGUGCUCCCGUCUGCUGGCCGGACAGCUGUACUACCAGACAGAUGGACAGCCCCUCUGCGAGCACUGCUACAAGGCAACAUUAGACAAAUGUGCCAAGUGUCAGCUCCUAAUCACACAGCAUAUAGUUCGUGCCAUGGGGAGCGGGUAUCACCCCGAAUGCUUCACCUGUGUGGUGUGUCAGAGACGAAUCGCUGACGAGAGUUUUGCUGUGGAUGAAUUCAAUGACGUGUUCUGUGCGGAGGAUUAUUACAGGAAAUUUGCCCCAAUCUGCAGCGCCUGCAACGACCCCAUCAUCCCAAAAGACGGGAACGACUCCUAUAAAAUAGAGUGUCUUGGUCACAACUACCACGAGAACUGUUACCGCUGUGAGAGAUGUGACGUUGUCCUGUCCUUGGAGGCCACAGAGACUGGAUGUUUCCCAAUGAAAGGGCAUUUGCUGUGCAAGUCGUGUCACUUAUCCUGGAAGGAGGAGCUUUCUUAACGGACUUGUCAUGUGAUGUCACAGUGCAGGGGGGCCCCACUUGGCUCCAUCUAGACUAUUUUAGCUGAAUCUUUGUUCCUUUGCACAUGAGACAACUCAUCACUCGGAUUGUUCCGGCCAACCUGGAAAUUGGACUGUGUGGAAUGAGAACAAAUGAAUGGGGUCCGGAUAGGGCCCCCCAAACCCAAGAAACACAUAAUGGAAAAAGAAUUCCCAUGAUGCUCAGCAGCUGCAGCCACAGGCCUAUGUGAUUCCCCACUGUGAAUGAACUGUCAGACCCCAUGCAGUGAGCCAUGCAAGGGUUAAUAAGGAACAAUCAAUAGAGGUGAAUCCUGAUGAAAUACAUAAUAAACCUGGGGCCCUCCAGCUGUGUGCACAGUCCCAGUUGCAGAUCAAGCACAGCCGGCCGGGGGACCCACAGGUUGGACUCACCUUUCCAGACUGAUGUGAGACAUUCUUGUGAUUCCUGUGCCAAAAUGCAAAUACACUCCAGUGAUUGGACCGAGCGACUGUUAUAAUAAAUUCGCCUUAUUGGGG